GCGAGAAGCCUCCCCGCGCCCCAGCCCCACGCUCGCUGCAUACCGAGCUGCAGGCGAGCUGCCGGGGGCUUUUUCCGUCCUCCAAUUCGGAGUAGACAGUCUACACUGAUUUCUUUCCAGAGGAGGGGAGGGGCAGGGCUCGGGGUCCCAAGUCGCAGACAAGUCUUCGCUGCCAUGGGGGCCGUCAUGGGCACCUUCUCAUCUCUGCAAACCAAACAAAGGCGACCCUCCAAAGACAUCGCCUGGUGGUAUUACCAGUAUCAGAGAGAUAAGAUUGAAGAUGAGCUGGAGAUGACCAUCGUUUGCCACCGGCCUGAGGGACUGGAGCAGCUUGAGGCACAGACCAAUUUCACCAAGAGGGAGCUGCAAGUCCUUUAUCGAGGCUUCAAAAACGAGUGUCCCAGUGGUGUGGUCAAUGAAGAAACAUUCAAGCAGAUCUACGCUCAGUUUUUCCCUCAUGGAGAUGCCAGCACGUACGCCCAUUACCUCUUCAAUGCCUUCGACACCACCCAGACAGGCUCCGUAAAGUUUGAGGACUUUGUAACUGCUCUGUCGAUUUUACUGAGAGGAACCGUCCAUGAGAAACUAAGGUGGACAUUUAAUUUGUAUGACAUCAAUAAAGAUGGAUACAUAAACAAAGAGGAGAUGAUUGACAUUGUCAAAGCCAUCUAUGACAUGAUGGGGAAAUACACAUAUCCUGUGCUCAAAGAAGAUACUCCAAGGCAGCACGUGGACGUCUUCUUCCAGAAAAUGGACAAAAAUAAAGAUGGCAUCGUGACUUUAGAUGAAUUUCUUGAGUCCUGUCAGGAGGAUGACAACAUUAUGAGGUCUCUCCAGCUGUUCCAAAAUGUCAUGUAACUGGGGACACUCAGCCAUCCAACUCUCAGAGACAUUUUACUAAAAACAACCACCUUAACACCCUGAUCUGCCCUCGUUCUGAUUUUACACAUCAGCUCUUGGGACAGAAAUACCUUUUACACUUUGGAAGAAUUCUCUGCUGAAGACUUUCUAUGGAACCCAGCAUCAAGUGGCUCGGUUUCUGAUUGCCAGCUCUUCCUCUUCCCUCUUCUUGAAAAAGAAAAGAUGAAAUUUGAGUUUGUUUUGAAAGCAUGCUCAUCUCUUCACACUGCUGCCCUAUGGAAGGUCCCUCUGCUUGAGCUUAAACAGUAGUGCACAAUUUUCUGCUUAGGUGCCCCCAGCCCACCGCCUCCAAGUUGAGCAGACCUUGAUGAAUCUGGAAGCAAGAGGACCUGAGCCAAAUGCACACCAUCUUCUGAUGGCCUCCCAAACCCAUGUGCCUGUUUCUCAUCCUCUGGUGGGAAGAAUGAGUGUUAUACGGAACAAUUAGGAUCUACCAUGACUAGAUUGGGAGUGCCAACACCUAACAUGUGUAAGAUAGGAUUGAAUUACUAAGCAUGGCAUUGUUUGAUGACCCAAACUACCCAUGUCAUUUGUUUCCAGAGGCAAUAAUUCUCUCACACUAACAUCUGUGCUGGUAGUGCAAGUCUCUUAAUAUGCCCAGGAAGGGAGCAAUUACCCACUGGUCCAUACCUCCACUCCAUCCCCUGCUCAAGCCCAGCAAUGCAUGUUCCUCCUGGAAAGUCCAGAAUGCCUGCAAAUUGCUGUGAUUUUAUACCACGGUCUAAUCAAUAAACAGAACUAUUUCUUACUCUCUCAA